AUGUCGGGUUUGUCGCUUUCAAUGAUGCGAGAAGAUUUCAUCGACCUUCGACAUUCAAUUGUCCAUCCUCUCAAUAAAUCGCACAAAUCUAUAUUGUUCAGUCAACAUUUCUCCAUUCUAAUACAAUCAACAGAACAACAUCAGAAGAAGAAUGACAACGACGGCUCGCAAAGACAUUUAUGGAGAAAACCUCCAAAGACAUUACAAGGACACUCAUAA